AUGGUAGUCACGAUCUUUAUAGCAGAUUCAUUACGCUACAUUGCCGAUGCAAGAACUGCAUGCAGUAGGAUGCAAAACUUAAUAGAAAAGAAAUCCAUGUUAACACGCAACAUGGAUUACCAGGACAAGCCGUCUUCUCCAGAAGUUUCCUUCAAAGGCAAAGGGUAUGAACCAGAAUUUGCUACAACUGAGAGCUUUAAAAAAGCAAAAUCUCAUCCGAAACUAGGCCAGACAUCUCAAAACAUUAAACCAGGGAUAUUUCUUGAGGACGUUUCCUGUUCGUGGAACCAAACAACAGAACUUCCUGCGUUACAAAGUGUUUCAUUGAGUCCUGCAAAUGGGCAACUUCUGGGCAUAACAGGGCCAGUUGGAAGCGGCAAAACGUCAUUGUUGAUGACCAUCCUAGGAGAACUCCCAAUCUCCUCUGGCAAAAUUUCUUGUAUUGGAAAAAUAGCCCUCGUCUCCCAAACACCAUGGGUCUAUUCUGGUACUGUGCGAGACAACAUCGUUUUUGGCAACCAAUUCGACGUGCAAAGGUACAACAAGGUUAUCGAGGUUUGUGACUUGGAGAAAGAUAUAGCAAGCUUCACGAAACGUGAUCUAACUGAGAUUGGACAACGUGGAGUGAUCCUAAGUGGUGGUCAGCGUGCACGAGUUAGUCUGGCACGCGCAAUCUACUCAGAUGCGGACAUCUACUUAUUGGAUGAUCCACUCAGUGCAGUGGAUGCCAAAGUUGGUAAACAUUUGUUUGAUAAAUGCAUCAAAGAGUUCUUAGACAGGCGGAUGCGUAUUCUGGUCACUCAUCACUUACAGUUUCUGAAAGAAACAGACAGCAUUGUUGUCCUGCGGAAUGGCUCCGUUAUCUGUGAAGGAACGUACAGUCGAAUAGAAAAGGACAAACAAGUCGCUUCUUGCUUUGUUUCUCAAGAAAAGAAAGAUUUCAAUGGCCAGCAAAACAAUGACGAGAGGUUUUCGGUAGUCAAUGAAGAUACCUUGAAAUCGAUGAAUUCCGCUGGAGAACACCAUGAUAGGGUAGAUCUGGAAGAUGAAGCGGAGGACAGAAUGGUUGGAACCGUUAAGUGGUGGUUGUACUGGAAAUACUUAAGAGCUGCACUCCCAACGAUUUUGAUAAUCAGUCUUAUGGUUUUCUUCGCAAUUGUUCAGGGUAAGCAGUAA